AUGGCUGUUAAUGCUCUCCCCAAUCGUUACAUUUUGUCCGAAAUGAUAUUUAUUGGAUUCUUUGUUAUGUCUGGGUUGAGAGUAAAUUUGAAUGUCGCUAUUGGUGCGAUGGUCAAUAAUCACACGGAUAAGUGAAGAUAGCAGCUUAGAGAAAACUCAUCCAUGUAACACUUAAAUCAAAUUGUGCCAGAUAAAAAUCCUUAUAGUAAAAACACCAAGAGAAGCUCAUUAUAUUGGAAAGGGGUAAAUUUCUAAAAAGAUAUAUAUCGUUGGUUAACGAAAGUGAAGCGCAGUGAAACCUUACACUCAGUUAAUUAUCUGACCACUUUUCCAUCCACUUAUUUUUCAUUUCAUUGUUGCUAGCGAUCACCGCUUGCAGCCGAUCAUGGAUAAUUUUAACACUAUUGGUUUGUCUCUACUUUAUGAUUCCAUCCUUCCGUAAGCGACCACUUCACAUGAGCCGACCUCAGUACAGGUGCCCCUCGGGUUACAGGACGCUUUUUUUGGUCGGUGGUAAGCUAAGAUAUGCCUUGUAGUGGGCUUAACUAAGUGUAUUACGGAUUAAUACUGUACUGACUGUAGGAUUCGCUCCUUAUUAAGAAUAUUACAAGUUGUGAAAUAAAGUAGUCGAUUCUGUGGGAUUUUAAUCUUCUUUCUGUCGUUUGAUUAAGCCGCAACAGAUGAUAGCUUCAUUCGUUUUCGUUAGGUGUAAUUCUAGGAGCAUUUUAUCACGGUUACAUGGUGUUCCAAAUCCCAGGGGGAUGGUUAGCAUUACGAGUGGGUGGAGCUCUUCUGUUCGGAGCUGCUGUCAUGAUCGCCUUAUUGUUUACUAUGUUAACUCCCAUGGCAACGCGCUGGAACUCUAUCGCAUUGAUUGUAUUAAGGUUAUUAGAGGGCCUCGUGUUGGUGAGUUAA